GACCCUGUUAUUUUUUAUUUUUGGACAGAGGACUCUGUUCCUUUAUUGGUGGUGAAGGUUUUUUUUUUUUUGUGCUUGGACUUGGCCCCUCCCUCCCUUUCCAAAAUGAAGGGGUGCACCUGGGUGUUUGUGGCAACUUUACUGUGUCAGCAGUUUUGCCUCUUCAGGGUUUCAGCAGCAAAGAGAGAGAGGAAGGUGAAGAAAGAACCCAAUCAGUACACAGAGCCCUUCAACACCACCCUGUCCAACAGUGAGGAGCUGCACGGGCAUCCCAAGGUCCUGGAUUCUGCAGACCCCCGGAUCACAGACCCCCGGCGCACCUGGAUCUCCUUCGUGCACCGCCCGGAUGAUGGGAACACCUCCAAGAGGAGAUGCAAAGGGAAGGAUAAGAAACUGCGUGGCCUCGUUGGGCCCCCGGGACCUCCCGGGCCUCAGGGACCUCCGGGAGCCCCUGGAGCUGAAGUGACCCGGGAAGUCCUUCUGCAGGAGUUUAAGGAGAUCUUAAAAGAAGCCAUCGAGCGUCGAGCAGCCCUGGCUGUCUCAGCCCAUCCCAGCCAGCUGCCUCCACUCCUGCUCUCCCUGGAGGAGGUUUCAUCCCACAGACGUGUGGAAGAGGCUUUCCACUGCAAGCUGAAGGGACAGGUCACCGUGGAUAAGAAGACCCUGGUGGAACUUCAGAAUUUCCAGUCGCCUCUGGCCAAAGGAGCUUUCCUGCGAGGGACGGGGCUGAACUUGGCCACGGGACGGUUCACGGCGCCCGUCUCGGGCAUCUACCAGUUCUCAGCCAACAUCCACGUGGACCACAGUGAGCUGAAGAGCAAAGUGCAGCUCCGAGCCAGGGACAACGUCCGGGUGUUGAUCUGCAUCGAGUCCCUGUGCCACAGAUACACGUCUUUGGAAGUCAUUGCUGGGCUGGAAAGCAACAGCAAGAUCUUCACUAUCUACGUCCAUGGGUUACUGCAGCUGCAGGCUGGACAAUACACCUCCAUCUUCGUGGACAACAGCGCCGGAGCUCCCGUCACCAUCCAGAACGGAUCUGACUUCAUGGGAAUGUUGAUGGGAGCAUAGCAGGGAAGGGAAGGAUGGGAACCACAUCCCUGGGAAGGGAAGGAUGGGACCCACAUCCCUGCAGCGUAGAUUGGACUGAGGAAAACCCUGCUCUGACCUCGAAAACUGCUCCCUGGGACUGUGGCAUCCUUUCAAACAAGCCAAGAGCCCUUUUUCCCUUCACAGCCCCUCCUCGGCUUUGCUUUCAGAGGCUGCUGCUUCUCCAGGUCCACACCGGGUCAUUUGUCACCCAAAACGUGCUUUUGUCCCUCUGA